AUGAACGACUACAUGCUGAACGAGAGUGCAACCGACAACGACCUCUCGGGAAACAGCGACGUGGCGCAGUGGAUUAUCGCGGCGUCCAACGCGUGGCGCGCGCAGUUCGGCUCUCAGCCGGUGACCUGGAACGAGACUGCAGCGAGGAUUGCGCAGAACCACACCAACACUUGUCUCUGGGAGCAUUGGGGAAACGAUAACCUUGCCUCACAGUCAGGCUCCGACGCCAGCAUGCGCUUCGGCGUCCGCAGCAUGAUCGAGAUGUGGGCCGACGAGUGGACCUACUAUCCGUUUGCGCACCCAGAGGAGCAGGCGUACUCGCACUUUACCGCUAUGACGUGGAACGCAAGCAACACCGUCGGGUGCGGGUGGAACAUCAACUGCUCCAACAACACCGCCUUCCCCAGCCUGACAUACUUUGUGUGCAACUACUGGCCCGGAGGCAACAUUGUCUCCAGCCCGCCCGGCAUCUACUUUGCUGCCAACAUUCACAACUUUACGGGAUGGCCAGUGAACGCGGCCGAGUCGAGCUCGAUCGCGAGCUUGACGGCUGAGGCUGCGCCAACGUUCCAGACUGGACAAGGUGUCACUCGCACGUAUACGGCGACGGCCAGCCCGACGGCGACUCAACGCAGCGCGGGUGGUGCGCUCGUGACACCUGGUGCUGCUCUUCUCGUGCUACUGGCCGUCCAGGUGGCGAUGGUCUGA